GCCUUCGGACGGAUAGUUCUUAAGAGAACACAGCCUCAACGUCAUGGCAAACCGGGGGCCUGCUUAUGGACUGAGCCGGGAGGUUCAACAGAAGAUUGACCGGCAGUAUGACCCUGAACUGGAGCAGAUUCUCAUCCAGUGGAUCGUGGCCCAAUGUGGCCCAGAGGUUGGGCAACCCCAGCCUGGGAAGGACAACUUUCAGAAGUGGCUAAAAGACGGCACGGUGCUGUCCAAGCUGAUCAACAGCCUUUACCCCCCAGGAAAAGGGCCGGUGGAUAAGAUCCAAGCUUCCAGCAUGGCCUUCAAACAGAUGGAGCAGAUCUCAAAAUUUUUGCAGGCAGCGGAGAACUAUGGGAUUCUGGCCACAGACAUAUUCCAAACCGUCGACCUCUGGGAAGGUAAAAACAUGGCCUGCGUACAGAGGACCUUGAUGAAUCUGGGAGGUUUGGCUGUCUCUCGGGGAGACGAAUUCUUCACUGGGGACCCCAACUGGUUCCCGAAGAAAUCCCAGGAGAAUCGUCGUGCCUUUUCAGAGGACAAGCUCAAGGAGGGCCAAAGCGUCAUCGGGCUGCAGAUGGGCACGAAUCGGGGUGCGUCUCAGGCGGGCAUGACGGGUUAUGGUAUGCCACGCCAGAUCCUUUGAGCCCGGCGACCCUCGGAAUCCCGUCUUUUGUUCCCGGCGCCUUACCGAAGAGAAUCUCUCCAAAAUUGUGCUACUACCGGAAACCUUAAAGAGUUAGGCGCCCGGGUGGAGUCACUGCUGCCCCCCUUAGCCUCUCUCUUCCCUAUGACUGUCCUUGUCAGGAUGCUCUCCUUUGGCUGCUCUUUUUUUUAAUCGAGAAUUUUCUAGACCUCCCCCCCUCCACCCUACCAUUUCAAAAGCCUCUUCCAACUUAGGGGAUGCUGUCGUUUAUCAUAUGGAUCAAACACAUCUAAUAAUACAGGGAUCAAGAAAGCAAAGCGAUUUUCCUUUUUCUCUCGCUCACACACACACUCCUUUGACUCUCCACGGAUCGUGCCAAAACAUGGUUCCAGUGACCAAAUUCCGAAGGCUUAGUCCCGAGGCACCUUAAAAAAACAGUUUACAUUCCACUAUCUAGAGCAUUGCUUGAGCUUUCCUUUUAAUGGCAGCUUCUUUUGGACCAAAAUAGACCCCGCUUCUCUUCGCUGUUUUUCCAGGUAGCUUUCCCGUGAAGGGGCGAACCGAUAGCUUUAGACUCUCCGUUCUUUGACGGUAUCUUUGACUUUCAGUCAUCCUUCCGCCAAUCUAUGCACAUCCCCACGCACCUACCAGGAAGAUUGCAAAUAGAGUCCCUCAAAUCCUACUCUUUCCUUAGGUUGCUGUUUUUUUUCAGGGUGAGGUUGAUUGUCGAAACGGGAGCCUCGGUUACUCGAACGAGCUUCGUGCUUGGCGUUGCUCGGUGCUCUGGGCAAAUCCUGAGAAAUCGUGAUGCGGGAAAAUGCUUUGUUGGCCUUUGCUAUGAGUUUUACUGCUUCCUGGCUCAGCCUGGCUGAAAGCUGUGCUUCCUAAAGUCUUUUCUUAUUUUGGGUUAAAGGACCAGCUCUCAAAUGGAUGUCUUAAAGAAGGUGUGGAAUAUAUAUCCUGCCCCGGUUUCACUGAUAAGAAAUAAACGUUGCACAAUUCUUUGUUUCUA